AUGUGGUUUAAAAAGACUACUGGCCUCUUUGACCUCACCCGUGCCCUCGCUUCACUAUACUACUCGAGAAGCCUGAAGACCCCUCUGCUGGAGGCCAUCGCCAACAAUCACCUGGAGGUGGUGCAGUACCUGGUGAAGCAUGGAGCUAAUGUGCAUCAUGCGGAGGAGGACGGCUCCACUGGUCUGCAUCACGCUGCCAAGAUUGGGACCCUGGAGCUGGUGAACCUGCUGUUGGCUACGGGAAAGGUGGAGGUCAACGCACAGGACAGUGGUGGAUGGACUCCUAUAAUCUGGGCUGCAGAGCACAAGCACAUUGAUAUCAUCAGAGCUCUGUUGGCUAGAGGGGCCAACGUCAAUGUGCAGGAUAAGGAGAUGAAUGUGGCCCUGCACUGGGCCUCCUUCGCUGGCUGUGCUGACAUCGCGGAGGUCCUGCUGAACGCUCAGUGUGAUCUGCACGCUGUGAACAUGCACGGGGACACGCCACUGCACAUAGCAGCGCGGGAGAGCUACCACGACUGCGUCAUCCUGUUCCUGUCUCGCGGGGCGAAUAUUGAGAUGCGCAAUAAAGAGGGGGACACGCCCCUAGACCUGACCCUGCCACACUCCCCGGUGUGGUUCACCCUGCAGCUCAACAAGAAGGUGAGGCAGGGGGUGCAGAACAGGGUGACCAGGACAGAGAAAAUCAUCAGCAGGGAUGUCGCUCAGGGCUAUGAGAAUGUGUCGAUCCCCUGUGUGAAUGGAGUGGACGAGGAGCCCUGCCCUGCAGACUACAAGUACAUCUCUGAGAACUGUGAGACCUCCACCAUGAACAUAGACAGGAACAUCACACACCUACAGCACUGUGGCUGUAGUGACGAUUGCUCCUCCAGUAACUGCCUGUGUGGACAGCUGAGUAUUCGCUGCUGGUACGACAAGGACCGGCGUUUGCUGCAGGAGUUCAAUAAGAUCGAGCCCCCGCUGAUCUUUGAGUGCAACCAGGCCUGCUCAUGCUGGAGGUCCUGCAAGAACAGAGUGGUGCAGGGGGGCAUCAAGGUUCGAUUGCAGCUGUACCGCACUGCGAAGAUGGGCUGGGGAGUGAGGGCUCUGCAGGAUAUCCCACAAGGCACCUUCAUCUGCGAGUACGUCGGGGAGCUGAUUUCAGACGCAGAGGCUGAUGUAAGAGAAGACGAUUCCUACCUGUUUGACCUCGACAACAAGGAUGGGGAGGUGUACUGUAUUGACGCCCGUUACUAUGGAAACAUCAGUCGCUUCAUCAACCACCUGUGUGACCCGAACAUCAUCCCAGUGCGAGUGUUCAUGCUGCACCAGGACCUGCGCUUCCCUCGCAUCGCAUUCUUCAGCAGCAGAGACAUCCACACAGGGCAGGAGCUGGGGUUCGAUUAUGGAGAUCGAUUCUGGGACAUUAAGAGCAAAUACUUCACUUGCCAGUGCGGAUCUGAGAAGUGCAAGCACUCCGCUGAGGCCAUCGCCCUGGAGCAGAGCAGGCUGGCUCGCCUAGAGACCCUGCAGGACCCAGUGCCUGAUUCUGGGAUGCCUCUCUUAGGAAACCCUUGAAGCUUCAGGUUUCCGCCUAACAACUAGGCCUUGUGUGACCUGUUUUUUUUUUUUUUUUUUUUGUGUAUUUUCUUGUUGUAUUUGU